AUGCAGAUUGAUCCGGCGGCUCUGAGUCGAAGUGACUCUGUCUCAAACCCAAAGGGCGCCGUGCCCAACGGCUCAGUAUCCGCGAAAACCUCCAGAGCUCUGAUAUCGGUACCGCGGCUAGAGCUGGAGCAUGCCUACACGGACCUGAAGGCCGCCAUCGGAGACAAGUGGGCUGAAUACAAAGAGUCCACAGCCCUUUUCUUACUAGGACAUUACAAUCAGAGCGAAUACUCAUCACGAGUCGACUACUUCCUAUGCGCCGACCCUAAAAACGAACAUCUACAUAACAAUUUCGUAUGCGCGCUCAUCGGAAACCUCACGCGAGACCUCCCCGAUCAUGGCGUCGCAAACUGGGUAUCGGCCAACGAUAAACCAUCAACCGUGUCGAAACCCGUCUCUGGGGAUGCUGCGGAACAAAGGUUGAAGACGGAGGUUAUGAAAUUGCCUCCGAGGGACCGUCGGCGCAUAAAGGGAAUCCCAGAGCGAGAUCCCAAUGAAACGGUGCCCACAGAGCUGGAAGAAAGCCAUCUAGCUAAGCAAUUCAAAUUACCCAGCCAGGUCCCCGCAAGUGCAGGUGGGCUGAACAAAACUAACUGGGAACUCGAAAUCCGAAAACGAUAUGCGCAGCCCCUGGCCGCAGAAACAGGCGAAUUCCCCGAUGCCGAAUCCAUCCAUGCCCGCAUGGUCCCCAUAUGCUACGAAGAAUCUCUACCCAGCGGUGCAGGACUCCCAUGUGCUGAAUUCAUGGCAAUUGCGACGGAGACUUUCGUGAAGGAAGUUUUGUCCGCGGUAUUCUCGCGCACCCGUUCGAAUGGCCCGUCCGGUACAAUCAAUAACAUGAUGAUGCGUCAGUACCGACACCAACUGGAAGUCGAAGAACUCGCAUACACACGUGGGGAAAUCACGAAGGAUGCGGCCACAGGCCUACUCCCCGUUGAAGCGAAAGAGGCCAACAUUCGAAAACCAUUGGGCGUUAGAGACCUACGGUUGACUUUGGAGUUGGGCGGUGGUGUCCUCGGUCACAUGCCACUCAUUGUAGACCAGAUCAUGAACGGGUACCUCGAAGACGAACUCGAGACCGAAAGACACGAACGGUUGGAGGAUGGCGUUGGUGAGCCGCAUCAUGAAGUCAAACCCGAAGACGAGAUGGACUUGGACGAAGACGAAGACGAAGACGGUUCUCUCCUAGACUGGGAAGGUGGCACAAUUGGUGAUCGGAAUCAGUUGAGCUCUUUGCUCGAUGAGUGUCUGUCCAUGGCCGCAUGA